ACGGCCCGGAGUUCAAGAUGGCGACUGAGCCGAUCUGGAGGCUUCACUGUUAGCUAUCAUCACAACAUGGACAAUAACACGGACUACUGGACGCGUUACCGCUAACAGCGAGGGUUGUGUCACUUAACAUGAGAUGCGCAUUUGGAAAGCUUUUGAUCACGAUGAAGAUAGAGUAGUUUGUAAACAAUACAACACCUGGAGAAUAUUGAAGAUUAAUAAUAAAGCUGUCCAUGGUCAUCAUCAGUAACUCAUCUUAGAGAGAGAGGGGAUCGAUAUGGCGCUGAGAGAGUUAAAAGUGUGUCUCCUGGGGGACACCGGCGUUGGAAAGUCAAGUAUUGUUUGGAGAUUUGUGGAGGACAGUUUUGACCCAAACAUCAACCCAACAAUCGGGGCAUCCUUCAUGACCAAGACCGUGCAAUACCAAAACGAGCUGCACAAGUUUCUGAUCUGGGACACGGCAGGACAGGAGCGGUUUCGUGCUCUGGCACCAAUGUACUACAGAGGGUCAGCGGCGGCCAUCAUUGUUUAUGACAUCACGAAAGAGGAAUCCUUCCAAACACUGAAGAACUGGGUGAAGGAGCUGCGCCAGCACGGUCCUCCUAAUAUAGUGGUCGCCAUCGCUGGCAACAAAUGUGACCUGUCAGAUGCCAGGGAGGUGCCAGAGAAGGAUGCCAAGGACUACGCGGACUCCAUCCAUGCCAUCUUUGUAGAAACCAGUGCCAAGAAUGCCAUUAACAUCAACGAGGUGUUUAUAGAGAUAAGUAAGCGCAUCCCUGUCGCUGACGCAGCAGGAGGAACUUCAGGAAAAGCUUUCAAACUGGGACGCCAGGCCACAGAGUCUCGCAGAAUGUGCUGCUGAUGAUGCCGGUGAUUCCCACAUGACUGGUGACCUGACCUUUGCUUACCCUCUGUGUCCCCGGCCUGCUUCAGAUUAUAGCCACCACACGCCAUCAACCACCCAGCCGUCACUGAUACCGGGGCGCAGCAAUGCCACGCGGAUGACAAUAGCAAAUGCCAUUUUGCGGCACUGAACAACAAAAAAAUCAUCAUAUAUCGUCUGAAAAUUGCCGGCAGGAGAAAUACUUCAAGUUUACUGAGCAUUGAUAAAAAUGCCUGCAUUAAAACAUUGAUGUGUAAGUGAAAGACCCCCAUACAUAUAAUUCUACUGGCUUCCAACAUGGACAUCAACCUCUGUUGGGUGUAUUAUAGCCCCGGAUACAAAUUCAUGAAUUCAGAAAUCAUUUGUACUUGUAAAUUUGUAAAAAUCUACUAUCUUUCAACUAAAACAUGGACUGAAAAUGGUUCAAUUUCACCAAAUUAUUUUAAUAGCACUGAAGUUAUGGCCUUUUGUUUUUUGGGAGAUCUCUGACCCAAACACUCUCAACUUUGUGAAGGAUCCAUCUAUACAGUUAACAUGCGUAAUCUUUAAUUUAUCAUAAGAGUUUGAUGAAAGAUGUUAUGGUAGUCAUCGGGGUUUGUACUAAUCUUUAAUCUCAAUUUUGGCUUUUUCGUGGGAUAUUUAGAGGAAUGUUGGUGAUUCAUAGUCAAGCAAGAUGGAUUGUGCACGCUAAAUAUCAUAUAUAUUUAGCGUAUUAUAUAAUAUAUAAUAUUAUAUAUCUCAUAUUUUAUUGUGUGAUUGAUGCUUUCAUCAAAAUGUUUUCAAGGCAAAAUGCCAAGUGGGUGUUUUGAUGUAAAUUGCGAUCACACGGUAAAAAAUGCAGAAAUGAAAGGUGUAGGAGUCUACUUCCUUUACAUUAAAGGAAUAGUUUGAAUAGUUUUUUGUGUUCUUGCAUGGGGUAAGAUGAUAAUAUCGAUCGGUAAAUCGAUAUUGAAUAUCUGUACGGUAAAUACGAAGCUCAUGCAGGCAAAGGUAAAUCUGCCUCAAACUGACUAAUUAACAUAUUAUAUCUGACAGAGGCAGGUAUUUACCCCUGUUUCCAGGUUUUAUGCUAAACUGUUGCCAUUUAAUAGACAGAUAUGAGAAUGGUAUCGGUAUUCUCGUCAAACUCUCUGCCAGAAAGCUAAUAGGCGUAUUCCCCAAAAACUAUUCCUUUAAUUGUGAACUUUGUUGUUCUUCUCUCUUUGGCUUGUACGGAUAUUUUGAUUGUCACUUGCGCCCCUGAAAAUGAUUGUAAUUGUAAAAAUGUUGUAAAAUCUCAUCUACGUGAUGAGCACAACUGCGCAGUCCACAUAUGAAAAUGAUGCUUUAACCAGGGCUGAAUAUGCUGACUUUCUUCAAGUUUAUUAUUAUACGUUAUUACACAGCUUUGUUGAAUACCCUAUUCUGAUUGGUAUAUCAUGGCGUUCUACGAUCUGUUAUUUCUUUAUAACAGACCGUUGCUAUGGACGCAGUUCUGAACUGGGACUCUGGCAGACCAUUUUUGUGUCAAAUUAUUGAUUUCUUAAGUAAGUAGCCCUGUAAUAAGCGGGAUAAUGUACAGCAAGCAGGUCAUUGUUGUGAAAUAAACCCCUUCAGGGUCGGGGUUUAUUUCACAACAAUGACAGGCUCGCUGUACAUUAUCCCUUACGUAACAGUUCCAGCUGCUCACCUGUGCUACACACUUCCACUUGUAAUUACUGAAAAGGUAUUAACUGAAUCCUGCGUAUGACGUUUUCUGUAGUGCACACAGUAUAGUUCUUUCACACUACUCCUUUAGCUCUAUUUUUCUCUAAUCUUAUUUUAUCUGGCGAGCCUGCCUGUUCUCAAUCCUUUGCUGCUACUUCACAACAGUUGUACAGAUUUUUGUGAGGUCUUGCCAAAUCUGUAAUUGUCCCAUAAACAUUUUUCAUCUUUCCUUUUUUUUGCACAUAAUCAGCGGCGGCUCGCGCAUGCAAUGUUGUUUUACUACCUGGCCUGCGAUGAAAACAGGGAGAUCUGGAAACUAAGACCUCGUUCAGAGGAAACUUGGAGGUUAUAGGUGCAGAAUCUGACAUGGCGCUGUGCCGACAUGCUGACCCCUUAAUGAACCUUAGUCUACAUUCUGCUCUGAAUUACUGUAUGCGCUUUGUUCCAAGGUCUGCCUUCUGAUUUUCCUUUCUCCCAACUUCUUUUGCCUCAUUCCUCUAAAUUCCAAAGCACUUAUUGGAGGUCCGGCUUUUAUUUAGUUUCAAACAAAUGUGGUACACUAUACAACAGCUUUCACAGAACUUUAUCAUCUCCUCUUACAUUCAUUACUACUCUGUCGUCCUUAAUGCUGUGUUACAGUAGUUUCAUUUUCCUCUUAUUGGGCUAAUUGAGCUUCAGUUGAGUCCUUCAGACUUAUUAAUUUUGUGUAAUUCCAUGCUUGUCUGUAUCUCUUGAGCCCUUUUAGCCCCAAAACCUCUUUUCAGUUGCCAAAAAAUACAAAUGUGGGCUUAAUUAGACUGCAUUUCCACAUUUAUAAAUUGGGAUUUUGUGCUCUUCUGUCAGCGCAAGCCACGUUAUUUGCCUUUAGGAAUUUUAAAUGGAGCUGUUAUUGAUGAGUUGUGUGUGAGGCAGUGCUGCCUAUUUCUUCAGGAUUUUUAUGGAGUGCAAUAGUUGUUAUUAUGACAAAGGUAAAAAUGUGACCUAAUCCAAGACAACAGUUACAGGGUGAUGAUGUUCACACAGCAGAGCACACACUCGUGCAAAAAUGUGAUCUCAUUCCAGUCUCAAACAGAUGAUAUUUGACCUCAUUUUAUGCUGAUUUGAUGACAGUUUUUCAAAUGAGCAGUGUGAUGGGGGCCGACCAAAUCCCUUGAAAACCCAGAGUGGCAUUCAAGGUCAAAACUUAAACUUAAAGGGAAUAACUCUGGUACUUUGAAAGCUGCUCUUUGACUAACUGUUUGUAUUAAUUGGCCAUUAUUACCAUCGCUCACUUGAUGAAACCUUGUAACAUUGUCCGACUUCUUAAGGUCCCUCAAUGUUAUUUUGAGGUUUGACUGUUGGCUCAGUUCUUAAUGCUAUGAAGAACAUGGUGCCAAAUGUCAAUGCCCUUUUACUACACCAUGCAUUAAUUAACCUUUUUUUUAUUGUCAGUGUUAUAUAAUGAUUUAAAGUGCUAAUCACAUAAACGCUUAAAAUAUUUGAUGUUUGAUCAUGACAUGUUUUCCCCUUAUUUGGAAACAGGAGGCAUGGACAGAAAGUGUGUGCUGUUUUGCAUUGAAAAAUACGAAUAGUCUUGGGCUGGCCCUGGGAAUGUGAUUAAUCUAUAUUAUGUAUAUUUUUCAGUGUAAAUAUAUACCAUCAAAUUGCACAUAAAUCAAUAUUCUAUUUUAAGCCAGUUGUGACCACAGUAGACUUGUACACGGUUUGCAGUAAUUCCAUCAGCAUUGUAGUUACCAUAUUUAGCUUUUUACUAUGUUUCAUAUCGAUUGUAACAAAAUGCCUGAAAACACUUGUUUGCAGUGUAUUUCCAAAUGUGUAAAAAGGGAAUUGUCAAUUUGUUUACUAAUAAAAGAUUGACAAAA